CUAAUUAACGUGACCGGAAAAUACUUGCAUCAUACUUGCAUCUUCUUCUUGAUAUCGCUCACCAUCAUCGAAUCAGCAUCCUGACCUGUAAGAUAUCACUGCCGAUCAUUUGACCCAGUCACACAUAUCGAAGAUACGGGUGACAAGAAGUCUUUUCAAACAUGACCAAGAUCUUCGCGACUGGAGUGACAGGGUACAUCGGUGGCGAUGCUCUAUAUGCUAUCUCUGAAGCACAUCCCGACUAUGAGAUCACCGCUCUGGUGAGGAACAGUGACAAAGGAGCCAAGGUCGCAAAAGUCUACCCAAGCAUCCGUCUUGUGUAUGGCGACCUAGAUAGUUCAGACCUUAUCACGGCAGAAGCGCAGAAGGCUGAUAUCGUACUUCACUGCGCAAAUGCCGAUCAUCCAGGGGCAGCAGAGGCCAUUGUAAAAGGCCUCGCAGCGCAGUCCAAACCGACCUUCCUCAUUCACACUUCCGGCACAGGCAUCCUCCUUUACGAUGAUUUCGAGCGGUUGCAUUCCUUUGGCGAGAAGCUCGGCGAGAAAGUUUUCGAUGACUUGGAGGGCGUGAGCGAAGUGACUUCACUUCCGGACGCCUCCGCUCACCGAGAAGUCGACAAGAUCAUCCUUGAGGCAGGCACGACGCUCGCAGACAAGGUCAAGACGGCCAUUGUCUGUCCGCCAACCAUCUACGGAAAGGGUCGUGGCCCUGACAACCAACGCUCGCAACAAGUUCCAGAGCUCGCACAUGCCGCGCUCAAGACCGGGCAAGCCAUUCGUGUCAACCAGGGUCAAACCUAUUGGGGCCAUGUGCACGUGCACGACCUCUCUGCACUGUUCCUGAAACUCGUCGAAGAGGCUGCGGUUGGUGGCUCCACCGCGGAAUGGCCGGGGAAACCAGCGACUUGGGGCAGCGAGGGCUACUAUUUCUGUGAGAACGGAGAGCACAUCUGGGGCGAGGUGUCGCAAUGGAUCGCGGACGAAGCGCACAAACAAGGUCUGAUCAAGACAAGCGAGGUGCGCUCUGUGACGCCAGAGGAGGCCAAGAACUUCACGCAGUUCGAUCAGGCAUCAUGGAGCAGUAAUUCGCGAGCGAGGGCGGUGCGAGCGAGGGAAGUUCUGAAGUGGGAGCCGAAAGGAGCCAGCCUACAGGACACCAUCAAGGAGAUCGUGGAGGCAGAAGCCGAACAAGUCAAGCCCGCUCCGACACACGCCGAAAUUGCUGCUGGAGAGAAAUAAAGUUGGAGUGAAACCUUCCCUUUGAUUCGCAGCUGUAUUUUUAUGUAGGCAGACUUGAGCGCCUUGCAUAGGAAGUAGUCUAGGAGGUAUAGCAUACCGUUGGCGUUAUUGUCUUGAGCCUCCACUUCCGGUUCCCAACCAG